AUGCAUAAGCUUAUAUUUUCUCUUCUCUCCAUCGCCACACUCUCACUUCUACUCCUCUUCCACGGAAGCGAAGCACGCCAGCGAGAGCUUCCGUUGCCCAACGCAUGCCAUUUCAGCCAGAUCAACAGCCUCAGCCCGGCUCAUGCGACUAAGUUCGAAGCCGGGCAGAUGGAAGUAUGGGAUCACACAAGCAACGAGCUCCAGUGCGCUGGUGUGACCGUAGCUCGCAUCACUCUUCAAGCCAAUUCCAUUUUCUUGCCCUCUUUCUUUAGCCCACCUUCCCUCGCUUACGUUGUCCAAGGAGAAGGAGUGAUGGGGACAAUUGCUUCUGGCUGUCCUGAGACUUAUGAAGAAGCUGGAGGAGGAGUAGGAGGAGACAUGCAUCGACGUUUUGAGGACAUGCACCAGAAGCUGGAGGAUUUCCGGCGAGGAGAUGUGUUUGCUUCGCUUGCCGGCGUUUCACAGUGGUGGUACAACCGCGGCAAUUCCGACGUCGUCAUCGUGAUCGUUCUUGAUGUUACCAACAGAGAAAACCAGCUUGACCAAGUCCCUAGGAUGUUCCAAAUAGCAGGGAGUAGGACGCAAAAACAACAACAACAACCACUGACUUGGCCAUCAGGCAAAAACGCUUUCAGCGGUAUCGACCCGAACAUAAUCGCAGAAGCAUUCAAGAUCGACAUCGAGACAGCUAAGAAACUACAGAACCAGAAAGACAACAGAGGAAACAUAGUCCGAGCAAACGGUCCGCUACAUUUCAUCAGCUCCCCGUCACGUCAAUGGCAACAAGAUGGGAAUGGUAAUGGCAUUGAAGAGACGUAUUGCACGGCGAGGCUGCACGAGAAUAUAGACGAUCCAGAACGUAGCGACUUUUUCAGUACACGAGCUGGCAGAAUCAGCACUCUUAACAGCCUCAAUCUCCCUGUCCUACGUUUAGUAAGGCUUAACGCCAUUAGAGGCGUUCUCUACAGCGGAGGAAUGAUGUUGCCGCAUUGGACCGCAAACGCACACACGGUGCUAUACGUUACAGGCGGUCAAGCCACGAUACAAGUAGUUGACGACAACGGUCAGUCCGUGUUCAAUGCGCAAGUGCAACAAGGAGAGCUUCUUGUGGUUCCACAAGGCUUUGCGGUUGUCAAAACCGCUGGUGAAACAGGGUUCGAGUGGAUAGCGUUCAAGACGAACGACAAUGCUUACAUGAACACACUCAGCGGUGGAACAUCGUACUUGAGAGCGGUUCCCGUGGAUGUGAUCAAAGCGGCGUAUGGAGUGACCGAGGAAGAAGCCAAGCGGGUCAAGUUUAGUCAGCAAGAGACAAUGUUGGCUAUGACACUAAGCUCUUAA